UCCGUUUUGGGCUGAAGUGAACCUCUUUCCGUGUGUAAACUUAAUCAUGGCGGUGGGGAAAAAUAAGGGGCUCUCGAAAGGUGGCAAAAAGGGAGUUAAAAAGAAGAUUGUUGAUCCUUUCACCCGUAAGGAUUGGUACGAUGUCAAAGCACCGUCCAUGUUCACCACCCGCCAGGUGGGCAAGACCCUCGUAAACAGGACCCAGGGGACCAAGAUUGCCUCUGAGGGUCUGAAGGGACGUGUAUUCGAGGUGUCCCUGGCUGACCUCCAGAACGAUCACGAUGCUGAGAGGUCCUUCCGUAAAUUCAGGCUCAUUGCUGAGGACGUGCAGAACCGCUCAGUCCUCACCAAUUUCCAUGGCAUGGACCUGACCACUGACAAACUUCGUUCAAUGGUCAAGAAGUGGCAGACACUCAUCGAGGCUAAUGUCGAUGUCAAAACCACUGAUGGGUACCUCCUCAGAGUAUUCUGCAUUGGUUUCACCAACAAGGAUCAGCUUAGCACCAGGAAAACGUGCUACGCCCAACAUUCCCAGGUCCGUAACAUCAGAAGGAAGAUGGUCUCCACGAUCACCGACGACAUCGCCAAGAGUGACCUGAAGGGUGUCGUCAGCAAACUCCUCCCCGACGCCAUCGCCAAGGACAUUGAGAAGGCAUGCCAGGGUAUCUACCCCCUCCACGACGUCUACAUCCGCAAGGUGAAGGUACUGAAGAAGCCCCGUUUCGAGCUGAGUAAACUCCUCGAGUUGCACGGUGAUGGAGGUGGCAAGAGUGGUGAGCCUGGUGAGGCUGGCUCCAAAGUAGACAGACCCGAAGGCUAUGAACCACCAGUACAAGAGUCAGUUUAACACCAUUGACCAACGUUGAA